CUUGUGACAGUCAUAAGAUUUAGCCAAAGAGAUUAAGGGAGCAGAAACUCCACUAACAGCUCCACUAAAGAAGUCGUUGAACAGGAGCCAGGAAGUGUGGAGGACUAGCAAUGCCACGGCCAGACUCAUCACGUACCCUGGGGGCAUACAGCAGCUCCGGCAGAGGCUAUGCCUACAAAGGGCUAAGUGUGGAGGCGACAGCUGGCAUAGCUAUUCUUGCUAUCAUCAUAGCGGUUGUGUUUGUCAUUGGUUGCUGGUACUAUAAAAAGCGAAGUGGCUAUAAAAUCCUCAAGAAUCAACAUUUUGGCUCUGCUGCUAUCAGGUCCCUUCUUGGAGGAUCCAAUGAGAAUGCAGAAUGUAAGGUGCCAUUACAAGACUACAGUACAAUAGUGGUACCUGGCGCCCCACCGGCCUACGAGAAAAUAUCAUCAGAGUCUCAGCCUCCACCAUAUAGCCCAUGAGCCACAUGAUCAACUAACAAAUGUCAGAACUCAAAAGAAUAAAUUCCUUCACUCAUUUACUUUGCUUACAGGCUUAUUUGAAUACUGGACUGGUAGAUUAUAGUUUGAAGAAAAAACUAAAGCUUGAUAAUAUGUAUUGGGCCUCUGACACAGCCCAAGGCUACAAAAGCCAUUUAGCAGUGAAUAUCUGUGCUUAUUAAGGUUCCCUUAGUAGAUCCCCAUUGUCUUUACUGCUGAAUUGGUGCUGGUACAGUAUAUAUACCAGUGCAUAGUGGUGUAACUACAGAGGAAGCAGACCGUGUGGUCUGCUUCCUCUAUAGCUAAUUAAAAACCCCUUCUCCCCAGCCACUCUUACCUGCAGUGAGGAAGCGCCUGCAAAUCAGACGGGAGUGGGAGGAGGUGGGAUGGGAAGUGGGUGGGCCUAUGUAUGUUUUAGCAGGGGGAGGAGCACUCUAGUUACGCCACUGCCAGUGCAUUUUAUAUUUAGAUUUGAUUGAUCAUUUAAUUCUGCUACUCAGAAUUAUCUAUAUAAACAAAGAUGCCUUCUGAGGGUGUAGUUGAACAAAAACAAAUUACAAACAAAGAAAAGAAAACCCGCUCAAGGUCUCUUCAAUUGACUUCACUGAAAAAUAUGCUGGUGCACAUUUUAGUAUUAUUCAACCAAUAUUUACUGGUUGCUGGAUCCACGAUAAAGCUUAUUGUGAGCGUCAGGGGAAAGUUUUUGGAGGGUGCAUUAAAGAGGUACUGACACUAGAAAUUAAACUUUGUUUAACAUCUAUCAUAAUAUUGUCUUUGCAUGUACUUUAUAAUUUUGCCAUAAAUGUACUGCCUAACAUUACUUUUA